AUGGCUGCAAACGAACUGCGACUCUCUGGCCUUGUACUUGCUGCCGCACUGGCUGCUCUUAUGCUCUCAGCCUGUGCGCCCAGGGUUGCUGUUGCCAUUCGCCUGCCAUCUGCUACCAGCAGCCAGUGCCCAGUGGGUUAUGUGAAGGACGCAGAAGGCAACUGCAUUGACUCGUGCACAGUACGCAACUGCGGCACCAACGCGAGGUGCCUCAAGAGCCAGGCGGGCUGGGCGGACUGCGUGUGCGACAGGGGCUUCAAGCUGCUGCCCGAUGCGUCCUGCGCCCAUACGUGUGUGCUCCAGGCGUGUGGUGAAAACGGCCAGUGCGUGAAGGACGCGGAGGGGGCGGCAUCCUGUGUUUGUGACCCGUUCUUUGGGCUGGCGCCGGAUGGCAAGACAUGCACAGACACAUGUGUGCUCCAGGAGUGUGGCGAGAACGGCCAGUGCGUGCAGGACGAGAAUGGGGCGGCGUCCUGUGUUUGUGACCCUGGAUUCACGCUGCGGGAUGAUGGCAAGUCUUGCCAUGACGUGUGCGUGGUACGCAACUGCGGCCCCAACGCCAACUGCCUCAAGAGCGAGGGAGGCUGGGCGAACUGCGUGUGCGAAAGGGGCCUCAAACUCCUGCCCAACGCGUCCUGCUCUCACUCGUGCUCGAUAAUGGACUGCGGGGAGAACGCCUACUGUGAGAAGGAGGAGUCUCUCGCCGUCUGUCACUGCAACUGGGGCUACGCCAUGACCGAGGACGGCUGUGUUGACACAUGUAUACUGAAAGCGUGUAGCGCGCACGGUCACUGUGUCAAGGACGCGUUGGGGUGGGCCUCUUGUGUUUGUGACGUUGGCUUCACGCUGCAGAAAGAUGGCAGGACAUGCAAAGAUAACUGCAUUAUUAAGAACUGUGACAUACUCACGUCGUAUUAUUGUAUGAAAUAUCCAAACGGUAAUGCAGACUGUGUCUGCAGGUCAGGCUACACAAAGCUCUAUGGCGAAUGUGUUGGGCCUGCAACCUGCGGGAACUGUCCAGCUGGGGCCACAUGCACUCUUGUCUCAUCUACUCUCAAGGCUCCUUACUGCUACUGCCCUGGUGGCUAUGGCAUGACCAGCACUGGUUGCGUCCGUGGAUAUGCCCCAACCGUCUCCUCGGCGAGUUUCACCUUCUACAACCUGCCCAAGUAUGACUUAACACCCAACACCUACACUCUGCGCGUGAUCUACAACGGCUGCACCAACCUGCCUACGUCUAUUGGUUACUACGUCCAGUCAUACUGGCGAGUGGACCGUGCACCGGGAGGAAUUGGAAACUGCAAGACUAUCUACGUGUAUCGCUAUCCUAACUGCGCUGGAUCGCCCAUUGCUCAGCUCCCGUACCUGUCACUGGGCAGCAUCACUGCACAGGGUGUUCCGUAA